GAGAGCCCAUACCGAUGCUCCUGUCUCAGCGCUGCCAUUUCUACAACUGAAGACUAUUGGUGACAUUCAGCCUGAAACGUCACGGAGGAGAGAGCGUGUGGGCGGAGCUAACAAUUGUAUGUGGCACAAAUUUGUUCACAACAGAACUACUAACUUACACCUGCGUCGAACAUUGACUCGACAAGGAGGAUCAUCUCUUUUGGAGACUAAUGCAGACGGUGUCCCUCGCUCUCUGUAGUGAAAUGGAGACAGAUCCAUGUUGUGAAGAGCAUACAGACCCAGCAGUGGAGCCUACAGAGCCUGAGCUAGGAGAGGCCAUUUCCGAGUUUGCUGACAAGGACAGUCAUACCGAGCUGGCCUGUGGGCCACCAGAGGAAGGAGAGGAGUUGAAAAUGAAAGAGCAGGUUGAAACACAGAGCUGUGCAGGAGCAAGUAAAAGCACCGAAAUAAAGAGCACCACCAAUCCCGAGCGAGAAGACGGAGAGACAGAAUGCAAAGAACGGAGGAAACUGAAAAAAACAAACAGCUGGAAGAUGGUAAGAUUUCAAGACCCAUCAGAAGACGAUGAUGUGUUGGAGAGGGACAGCGCAGCAGAGAGUCUCUUUCCAGAAUACGCAAUGGAGGAGUGGACUUCCUCAACCUUUGAGGAGCUGUUUACUGCAGAAGAUUGGCAGGAUAUCACAGAGGACCGGCUGUUGAGGAAGAAGGUGCUGGAGCCUGUGGCCCCGCACUCCCUGUGCCCCACCUGGGGCCAGGAGGUUACUGUGAAGAUGCAGUGUGUCCUGGAGGACCGCACUGUGGUGGAGAAGGAUGGCAAGCUUGUCUUUGUUAUUGGAGAGGGAGAUGUAAACCAGGCCCUGGAGGAGUGUGUCAUAUCCAUGCAGAAGGGGGAGAUCACAUUACUGCUGGCAGAUUCACAGUAUGCUUAUGGACUUUUGGGAAGAGAGCCUGAUAUUCCAGCCUGGGCUCCUUUACUCUACCAGCUACAGCUGCUGGACAUUAGAGAGAAACCAGACCCAUUAACUCUGCCCAUCGCAGACCGCAUCCGCAUCGGCAACCAGAAACGAGAGCGAGGAAACUUUCAUUUCCAGAGAGAAGAAUACAGCAUGGCUGCCAGAGCCUAUUGUAUGGCUCUGGAUGUGCUAACAACACGCAGCCAAGAUGGUAGCAAUGGCGGCGUGGAGGCAGAGGAGGAAGAGGUGCAAGACUACCGGGUGAAGUGUCUGAACAACCUGGCCACCUCUCAGCUCAAACUGGAGCAGUACGACGAGGCGCUGCACACCAGCCGCGACGUUCUGACCCUCGAGCAGAACAACGUCAAGGCCCUUUUCAGGGCGGGAAAGCUCCUGUCAGACAAGGGUGAAUACAAAGAGGCGAUGGAGGUGCUAAAAAAGGCCUUGAAACUGGAGCCGGCCACCAAGGCGAUCCACGUUGAGUUAUCUAAACUCGUCAAAAGGCAAUCAGGAGGCAAAGAAACCAAGGAAUGGAAAGCCAAACCUGCAGAGGUGCUUGGAGACAAUAUCGCACCUUUUCUGAUUCCUUCGAAGAAGAAACCAUCUGGAAUUUCCUGGAAGUUUAUACUCGGAGCUCUGGUGGUGGCCUUGGGAAGCUUAGUGACGUCAGUGAUUCUGACUGCAAGACACUGAAGUCUUCUGCUGGUUGCACUUUGAACAUCAUCAUCAUCGCCAUCACUGUCAUCUGAAGGAGUAGAGUUCUGUCUCCAGGCCUGUUUAGUCAUUACAUUUGAAGAGUUUUCUACAGUAAAGGUGUGAGAAGGUACGCACCGCAGCAGCACCACAGCCUGAACUUGUAUUUAUGUGAGUUUCACAUGGUAGAAAAAUGUCCUCACUGAAAAGUGUGCAGUAUUUAUGAAAAUGAGAAUAGUGCAGCAUUGGGUGAAUUCACAAUAGCAGCAGAGAUUUUUGCUAAUCGAUUAAACAGAAGUUUCUUACGGCCAUCUUUCCAGUUAUAUCUGUUUUAUUUGGAAACGGGAUUACAUUUCUUUUUGUCAUAAAAAAUAGGUCCUGGAAAAUGUCCUGGUAUCACAGAUACUCAAAUAAAAAAAUUCUGUGGAACUUUUGUAAAGUCUGUAACUAAACCACAAAAAGUAAUUUUAGUAAAUGAGUAACACUUCAACAACACAAAUCUGAAAUUCUGCUUCAGCAAUUAAAAGUGUUAAAACUGCACUGUAAUGUCUCUUACACUGAUGCUUAAAAUAAAAUGUUUCAAAAUU